AUGAGCACCAGCCAGGUCAGGGCCAUGAUCAUGCAACGCAUGCAGUUGCCAGACUCGCCAAGGACGGCGCCUUACUCACCAGCGCCCAGGACGUCAAGUGAGGUUCCAGCUUCAGCCCAUCCUUCUCCAGAAACCACCAAUCCUUCUGGAAAGAUGCAAGCCUCGAGAGCCUCAACCUCAGAGCCUCAAGAGAAGCAGCGUGAGUCAACCCCCAUUGUCCAGACUGUUCGUGCGGAGGUUCCUCAAGAGACUCAAGAGAGGGAGUCUCAAGAGAUUUUUGAGUCUUCGCCCAUCCAUGAAGUGACCCCAGAGGCACCGGACCCUCCAAUGCCUAGGCGUGGGCGACCACCUAAGAGGGUAGCUCCAGUGGUAGCUCCAGAGGGUUCUGAGAGUCAGGCUUCAGGGAAGCCAGUUUUGAAGAGGCCUGCCAGUGCUUGUCCGGGGAAAGGUUCAAGUCCACCCGCCCCAAGUUCUUCCCAUGAUGCGCCGCCUUCCUUACCUACCUUGGGGACGCCUGAGAAGGUUCCUGCGGCUAGCGCUCCUGCCUCUCGUGCUGAUGCGAGUGCUGUCAAGCAGACUGUGGAGAGCGCUGAGGUGAAUCCUAAGGGUAAGAAGAUUGAGAAGGCGGCGGCCAAAGCACGGGCAAAGGCCAAGACCAAAACUCAUAAGCCUACUCCAAAAGUGGAAUCAAAACAGAAGAGGAGGGCUCCUAUGUCGGGUGUGCUUCUUUAUGAGCACAAGGGAUGGAAGGUUUAUGAGAGAGAACGUGGAAGCGGAGUUCAUGAGGGUGACAAGUACAAAGUGUUUGUUGACACUUCAACCGAAGUGGCUUACUAUAGUAAGACUGCCGCAGAAGCCAAAGGCUUUCAAAUGCCACCACCCUGA